AUGGAGGUAGAGAGAGGUGAGUCGAGCUCGAGGAAGAGGAAGUGGGAGAGACCACCACCAGGAGCGACAACACAUGAGCAACAGGCUAAGGAGCAAUCGCCAUUGACGCUAGCCACCUUGAAAGCGGUGAAAGAGCAGGUUGAAAAAAGGGGCAGUAGGAUAUCACAUGGUGUCAUCGUCAAGUACUUUGACAACAGCGAUGCUCCUUAUGACUGGUUGCUCCCUGGAUGGGUUGCGGAAGAGCGCUAUGUUCCGUCUGGUCGUAAGGGCCUUGGUAGGAUCUAUAAGUAUUACUGUGAUCCAACUGGGCAUAUGUACUACUCCAAACAUGUAGUCUUGUUUGCGUGGAAGAAAAUGAACAUCAUUUGCCUUGAUGCUUAA